AUGCGUUUACUGCCUUUAUUGGCAGGAGCAGAAGCUUCGCUCAGACAUUAUGCCAAUGUGACAGAUGUGGCUGCUGAAGAAGUGACGAUCGUAGAAGGCGCUCUACGAGAUGGAUACUGUGGAAGUAGAAAAUUUACACUUUGUUAUCCACCCACUGAAGACAACCCAAACACAAACUGCGUUGACGUCACCAUCGACGGGCAACAUGUUGAUCAGGUUUCAGUGAACGGACAAAUCGUUGAUCCUGAAAAGUGCAUCUUCGUCGUUAUCGGACUAUGGGCCAGCUGGGCAGAGGCAGAUAUGAUUUGCAAGACGCAAGCUGCGGGAAGUGUUAACGAGGAGGGACAUCUUAUGUCCAUUCAUAAUGGCCUUCAAAAUACGAAAAUCAAGCAAAUUAUCGACGCUUCUACCAACGAGCAUGCACCGUGGUCGCCAUACUGGAUUGGACUGCGACAACACUCACUCAACUCUGAGUUCGAGUGGUCUAACUUUUCCCCGGUCGAUUAUGUCAACUGGUACCCAGGAGAACCUAACAACGCCGGCGAUGGAGAAGAUUGCGGACAGUUUACUGCCUGGGAUUCGCACUGGAAUGAUGACAACUGCAACAAGGGAUUUCAGUUUGUCUGUGAGGUGUACAAGGAACAACGACCACUGCCGCCAAAUUUGGAUCAAAAUUGGCCAUCUACUGGUUUUUGUAAAGAAGGAUGGACCAAAUACGCAAAGGGUUGCUACCUAAAAGUAGGCCAAGACACAAAGAACCACGAUGGUUAUGACGACGAGAAAUCUUUCAACGAUGCUCGAACCUACUGUAAUGGCGUUUGGCCGGGAGCAGAUCUUGUUAUCCUCCAUAAUGUCUUCUACAACUUUUUCCUUGCUUCAUUUGUGAAAGGCUUCGGUCGCAAUGUUUGGCUUGGUGGACAAAGUACUACUCAGGAUAGUCAAUUUCAUUGGAUUGAUAAUUCUAGGUUGACAUUUUCGAACUGGGUGGCCGGUAGACCUGUUGGAAUUGUCGAUGAAGACUCGACAAAUUUAGAAGAUGAAAUGAUUAUGAGAUACAGCGGAAACUUUGAUGCUCCCGCCGGAACAUGGUACGAUAAAGAUGGUCGAGUGCCUCAUGGAUUCAUCUGCGAGCACAAACUUGACAGCGGCGAGAAAGACCACGGUCAUGAAAUUUGCCCUGAUGGUUGGAUGUCAUUUUCUUAUGGCUGCUACAAACUCUCUUUUGAGGCAAAAGGCUACAAUCAAGCGAACGAUGAUUGCAAAGCCCAGUGGCAGGCUUCUUCUGGCGAUAAAUCUUGGUUCUCAAAUCUUGCUACAAUCACAGAUCAAUUCGAAAACGACUUCGUUACAUCUAUGCUUUACGGAGAACAGACCAACUUUGACUUGAACUUCAACUCAUACGCUGGCGCUUGGAUCGGCUACCACGGGAAUAAAGAUGGCGACAAUGUUGUUUCCUUCAAUUGGAUGGACGAGUACUUUUCCUCUACUUACACUAAGUGGUAUUAUGGGGAACCAGCAGUAGAAUUUGUCUUGCCGGAUACGGAACUGUGUAUUUAUAUGCUCGCGAAAAAUGACAGAGGUGGUCAACAAGGCGCUGGAAACUGGCGAGUUGAGGGCCCUUGUGUCUCGCAACGACCCUAUGUCUGCAAAGCAGUACCACCAAAGGUUAUUCCAGAGCUAGAUCAGCGUGGCGAAAUGAGACCCUGCAAUGAAUCUCACGGAUGGCUUGACUCUGGAACUCAUGUCGAGCCUGGCACAACUUGCAUCAAAGCAUUCAAACACGAAAAGAGAGUUUCAUUCUAUGAAGCAGAAACUUAUUGUAAUCAGCAUUACGGAGGUCACCUUGCUUCGAUUCAUAGUAACGCUGGAAAUCAACGACUCCUGGAAAUUAUUUCUUCUAGUAUCGGAAAUAAAUACUGGACAUGGAUCGGUUUGAAAGACAACAACGCUGGCGGACACAUGUGGACUGAUGGAUCCGCUGUCGACUUCCUCUACUGGGGUCCUGGGUGGGGACCCAAAGAUCCUGACCUUGCUACUUGUGCUGAUAUUGGCUCAGAAGGACUUUGGAGUGCCGAAGGAUGCUCAAGUAGAAAUGACUUCGUCUGCCAGGUUCAAAAGCCCUACGAAAAAUGCAUGUCUGUUCCAAUCCAAAGCCGAGUGCCCUGCGGUUACCCAGGUAUCACCAUGAACGGGUGCAUGGAUGAAUUGAAGUGCUGCUGGGAUGGAACGAUGGGGAGCAAAGCUUGCUUCACUCCUGGAAUCACUUCAGCGCCCUCGCCCAGCGGUGGCGGAAUGAGUGUCGCUGGAGCCGUAUUUUUGACGAUGUUCAUGUGGGCCAUUCCAAUGGCCGGAAUGGUCUAUUUUUACAUGUUCAGAGGACCACAAGCAGGUGCCUCCGGAGGAAUCGCUAACGUAUCUGCUAAUUUUUAA